CCAUUUCAUGUUCUAUGUCAUUCUAUUUAUUUUUGCUGUAUUCUUUUGUUUUGUUGGGUUGUUUUUCUAGGUUUCUUCCUGGAAUGAAGCCCAGCCUGAUAACCCUCCUCUCCUUCCUGCUCUACAAACACACAUUUCCUGGUUCCUCCCUUCAGAUCUGCACUCUGCAGACGGCUGGAAGAAGCUGACAGGAACCCGUUCACUGCAGGAACACAUGAUUUGGAGAUCAGAGCUCAGUCUAGUCUCAUGUAAGAGGAAGCGAAAGUCAAACAGUCUGAGGUAGCCAGAGGAGAAAUGGAGCAGCAAAGAAAUCAGUCGGAUUCAGAGAAACUCUCUUGUUCCAUCUGUCUGGAUCUACUGAAGGAUCCGAUCUCUACUUCCUGUGGACACAGCUACUGCAUGGACUGUAUUAAAACACACUGGGAUGGAGAGGAUGGGAAGAGAAUCUACAGCUGCCCUCAGUGCAGGAAGACUUUCAUACCGAGGCCUGAAGUGGAAAAAAAUGUCACGUUGGCAGAUUUAGUGGAGGAUCUGAAGAAGACCAGACUCCAAGCUGCUGCUGAAGAUCUCUGCUAUGCUGGACCUGGAGAUGUGUCCUGUGAUUCCUGCACUGGGAGGAAACUGAAAGCUGUCAAGUCCUGUCUGCAGUGUCUGGUCUCUUUCUGUCAGCAACACCUCCAGCCUCACUAUCAAUCUGCUGCUUUUAAGAAACACCAGCUGGUGGAGCCCUCCAAGAACCUCCAGGAGAACAUCUGCUCUCGUCAUGAUAAGAUGAUGGAGAUUUUCUGUCUCACUGACCAACAGUUGAUUUGUUUUCUCUGCACAAAAUAUGAACAUGAAGGACACAAAACCGUCUCAGCAGCAGCAGAAAGGAUGAAGAAGCAGAAGGAGGUGGAGGUGAGUCGACUGAAGGUCCAGCAGAGAAUCCAGGACAGACAGAAAGACGUGGAGCUGCUUCAACAGGAGCUGGAAGUCAUCAGAGUCUCUGCUGAUAAAACAGUGGAGGACAGUCAGGAGAUGUUCACCCAGAUGAUCCAUCUCCUCCAGAACAGACGGCGAGAUGUGGAGCAGCAGAUCAGAUCCCAGCAGAAGAUGGAAGAGAGACGAGUCAAAGAGCUUGAGGAGAAGCUGGAGCAGGAGAUCAGGGAUCUGAAGAGGAAAGACGCUGAGCUGAAGCAGCUCUCAGAUACACCAGAUCACAGCCACUUCCUCCACAACUACCCCUCAGUGUCAGCACUCAGUGAGUCCAAACCCUUAUCCAAUGUCAUCAUCCGUCCUCUGAGACACUUUGAGGACGUGACAGCAGCUGUGAAAGAGCUCAGAGAUCAUCUACAGGACAUUCUGAGGGACACGUGGACAAACAUCUCACUGGCAAUCACUGAAGUGGAUGUUCUAUUGCCACAACCAGAACCAGAGACCAGAGAUGGAUUCUUAAAGUAUUCAAGAGAAAUCACUCUGGAUCCAAACACAGCAAACAGAUAUCUGUUAUUAUCUGAAGGGAACAAAAAAGUAACAUUAAUGGAAAAAGAACAACCUUAUCCUGAUCAUCCAGAGAGAUUCACUUUUUGGUUUCAGGUUCUGAGUAAAGAGAGUCUGACUGGACGUUGUUACUGGGAGGUGGAGUGGAGAGGAGGAGGAGUUGAAGUAUCAGUCGCAAAGAAGAAUAUCUGCAGAGAAGGAGACUCAGAUGAAUGUGGAUUUGGAUGUAAUGACAAAUCUUGGUCUUUAGAUUGUGACACCAACAGUUAUGAAUUUUGGUACAACAACAUCUCCACUGACGUCUCUGGUCCUCAGUCCUCCAGAAUCGGAGUCUAUCUGGAUCACAGAGCAGGUUUUCUGUCUUUCUACAGCGUCUCUGAAACCAUGACUCUCCUCCACAGAGUCCAGACCACAUUCACUGAGCCCAUACAUGCUGGAGUUUGUCUUUCAGAUGAUGAUGGAGCCACUGCAGAGUUCCUUAAAGUCAAAUAGAGUAAUUCUAGAGUCUGAGGGUCGGUUCAUGUUCAGCCCUGAUUUAAGUUCACGACACACGACCGUUCAGAAGUCUGGAUCACUGAGAAAUGUCCUGAUUUGUCCACAUGCAUGACACACGCCUGUGCUCAGCUCAAGGUCAUUGUGUUUGUGGGUUCAUCUGUAUUAAAUGGACACAUUCUAUGUUGCUGUGAUUUCUGAUCAUCAAUAACUAAUAAUCAAAUGCUGCAUUUCUGACAAUGCCAUAUGGGGGAAUGAGCAGCCUUGGAGGAGGACUGAUCUCUGAGUGCUUUUCUUCUUUUCUAAAUAUUUCCCUGUUUUCUCAUUUCACCUUCUCACAAACUAUUUAGCAGCUUAAAAAUGUCCUGAAAAUGUAACAGUGAAGGACUUUUAACGUCCUUCUCAAUCUGCUCUUUGCUUUCCUUUCAUUUACAUUCAUGUUUCUUCAACCUCAUGUUUAGUGAUGCAUUUAAGGAACCAGCUGAGGUGAAGGAAAAAUCAGCUUUUUCUUCAAAUGUGCACUUCAUUUCUCUUUCACAGGGAUAUAUAUGUAGAGAAUGUGUUGGAUUUGUAUUUUAUUUGUUUUUUCUGGGGACAAAUAACGACAUUUUAUUGCAGUCAGUCGUCAUUUAAUAAUCUGACUUGGUGAUUUUUAAUUUUGUUGA